AUGGUCAAAGCGGCGCGGCACGCGGCGCCCGCGCGGCGCGGCGCCCGCUUCCCGCUGCGCACGCUGCUGCUGGCGGCGGCGGUGGCCGCCGUCGUCUGGCUCAACCUGCAGCAGCCCUAUGGCGGCGGCAGAGGCAGGGAGGGGUGCGCGGGACGGGCGGCGGCGCGCAAGGCGGCACGCGGAGGCAAGGGCGGCGUCUUCAAAGAGGUGUUUGCCACCCUGUUUGCGAUAGAGAUGCGGCUGCUGCUCCAUCUCAACAACGAUGGCCCGCUGCCGCCCGCCGACGCCCCGCACAGCCUGGACGAAAUCAUCGACAUUGUGCAGGGCCAGGGAGUGGACAUCUUGUUUGUGUCCUUCCGCUGGGAGGACCAGCAGCCGUCCCAGGAGGCCUUUGACUUCAGGGUCAUGGACUACGUGCAGCGCACCGUCUGCUCCCGCGGCCUGCGGCUCAGCGUCAUCUUGGACGCCCGCGCCAGCCCCGGUUGGGUGUUUGACAUGCACCCAGACGCCGGGCUGGUGGAUGCGGACGGCGACGUUCGCAAGGAGAUCUCCUUCUCGCAUGCGGGCGCCAUGCAGCUCCUGUUUGGCUGGCACGAGGCGGCGCUGAGCCGGCUGGCCGCCGCCAACGCCUCGUGCAUCCACUCCAUCCAGCCCACCUUCAACAACCAGUACGAGACCAAGUACACGCAGGAGCGGGACGCGUUCCAGGACUACAACACGCACGUGGUGGCGCUGUACCGCCAGUACCUGCGCAGCAUCCACGGCGCCAUCUCACACUGGAACGCGCGCUGGGGCUCCUCCUGGGCUGACUGGGCGGGCUUCCGCCCUCCGCCGCUGCACAUGCACGGCCCGCACUGGAACAACUCCCUCACCGACCUGGCCUACUGGGACUGGCAGCACUUCCGCCACCAGCGCAUCCACGCCGCCCACGAGAACUGCUGCCAGCACGUGGCCGCCCACGGCCUGCGCUGCAUCAUGCACUUUGGCGAGUUCUUCGCCGCAACCGAUGCCAUCUACGCCUCGGGGGCCGUCUUCACCCUGGCCGCCUCCCCCUGGCUGGACUACGUCGUCGUCGACUCCAACUUCAUCUCCGCCGCGCUGCAGCCCAACGACGUGCGCAUCGUGCAGGUGCUGCUGAGCGCGAUGAAGCCGUACGGCAAGCCCGUGUUCUUUGAGGGCGCGUUUGAGGAGAUCAAAGAUCCCAGCCUGCACAGAUCUGCUGUGGAGCUGACGGUGGCUUCAGGGGCGCACGGCGUGGGGUUCACCAAUUGGCUGGACCGCGUGGGCCCCACUUUUUUCCGGGAUACCCUGGCGGGGCUGAGUCACAUUGUGCCCGCUGGCCCCCCCGUGGCGAUACUCACGCCGUACCGCUCGUACUACGCCUACAAGGGCAUGGCUUACGUAAGCAAGGGGGUGCGCGACCCGCACGACCCGGUACAGGAGGAUCUCUUCGCGUGCCUGGAUGUGGUACAGGCGGCGGUACCGUCCCUGGGAGGCCUCCAGAUCUUCGGCGUGCCCACCAUGCUGCUGCCCGUGCUGCAGCACUUUGAGCAGGUGUGGUACCUGGAGCCCAAGGUACUGCUGUCAGCAGACGCCCGUACCGUGGAGCGCGUGCGGGGACGCGCCGCCGCGCUGCGCAUCCCGCUGCACGAGUGCGUGGCGCGGCCGGCGCCGCCAAUCGCCAUCAAGGAGUGCUGCCCCAGCCCAUGAGGGAGUUACUGGGUGUGGUGGGGCGGUGUGUGGCGCCGGGGCCCUGGCUGGCUGCGGCACCUGCCCUGCCCUGCCCUGCCGGCUGCCCAUAUUUGGUAUCCCGCCCUGCGUCCAGCCGCGCUCGCGCCCGCGCUGUUUCGUCGCCUGCUGUUUUUGUCCCUGCCAGUUCCUGUUCACUGCUCCCGCCUGUUGUUCAACCCUUGCCCACCUGCUUCCCCCUGGCUCUGCACGCCCCUGUAACAUGUGCCGGGC